GCCAUGUGGCGUUUGAGGGCUUGUAAAGCGAAGAAGGACUAGUUUAUAGUUCCAGUUUAUAUUUUUGUCAGGAGUUUUGCUUUUCUUCAGUUAGUAAUCCACGUGUGAACAAUGGCGGCUGACUCUGUUAAACUCUCCAAAAAUGUGCUACGGAUGAAGUUCAUGCAGAGAGGGUUGGAUGCUGAGACGAAGAAACAGCUGCAAGAAGACGAGAAAAGAAUCAUCAGUGAUGAACAUUGGUACCUGGACCUGCCCGAGCAGCAAAGCAAAGAGAGCUUCAUAGUGGAAGAGAAGAGUUUUGCUCCAUUUGAAGAGCUUCUGUUUGGCCGUAUGUCCUUCAAAGGCUUCAAUCCAGAAGUCGAGAAACUGAUGAUGCUCAUGAACCCACGGAGCACCUCGGCUAAACAAGAGGCAGACCCCAAUGCCAGCCGCAUGCAGACGGAUGUGACGGAUGAAGAAAUGGCUCUCAGGUAUCAGAGUUUAGUGGAAAGCAUGAAGAAGAAGUUUGUCCGGAAACGGGAACGAGUCACUAUAGAAGAAGAAGAAGAUGAUGAUGUCAAUCAAAAUGUUUUGAAAACACAUAAGACAAAGACCAAAAAGUUCUUGAAGCCAAGCCUGGACUGAUGCAAUUUUUUGUUUUUGCUUUUUUUUUUUUUUUUUUUUUUUUCAAAAAAAAAAAAUAUAUAUAUAUAUAUAUAUACUGUGUAUAGUUUUUGAAUAAUUAGUAGGGUUUCAACUUCCUGUUUCAUUACGUUUUUUUUUUGGUUUUUGUUUUUAACACUUUUUACUAGUGCUGUCAAAUGAUUAAAAUGUGUAAUCAUUAAUCAUGUUUCAAAUGAAUUAAUAUUUUAAAUGCAUGUCUGAAAUAUGCAAAUUUUUACUGUAUUUUAUUGAAAGAAAGAUAAUUGGUUUAUAUAUUUUUGCAUGUAUUAACAGCUCCAAAUGAACUGAAAAUUUCAAUCAGGCUAAAAGAUACCACACGUCUUAAUCUAUUUACCUCACUACUUUAAUAGUAGCAUGACAUGAAUCACACUUUAAAGCGUGUUAUGAGCUUGCGUUGACAUCACGUGAUUUCAGGAAAUGUACUUGUUUUCGGUGUAUUUUCCAUCAUAUUCAAAUGUAGCAAGUUGUACAUCCGAAUUAAGAGUUACGAAGUGGGUGAUAAGAAUAUAAGCGUGUUAUGAGCAAUGAGAGGUUGCGUUCAAACCAUGUCAUUUAAGUUGAAUUCACUGAGUAUUUUCUGGGAUUUCCGAGCAUAAUUAAAUGCAGUAAAUUGUACUUCGCAUUUAGAGUUGCAAAGUGACUGACAAGAAUAUCCACUUCUUGUUUUUCUUUGGCUUUCUGUUUCGAUGCAUAAUAGACGUUGUUGUGAUGUUCGCAGUGUCUCUGAAUGCAUCUCGCGGUCGUGUGGUGAAAAUGAGGAAGUGUUUCCAUGACGAAGGGACAAAAGACCACUGAUCUGUAUUAUAUAUCUGGAUAGCUCAUACGUCGCACGCCGGAGUGCAAGCCGCUGAAGCCAAAGAGACGCCAUCUUACUACUCACAUCGCGACUACAUUGGCACAGUGUACAAAGCAGAUGAAGAGGCUCACAGAACAUCUAUAUUUUAAAUUAAAAAGCGGGGAGAUUCUCCCAUUCCUUCAAGUAACGCAACCUUCGUCCCUUAAAAAUGAUUUGAUACGUUAUUCUCUAUCUUUUGGCUAUAUUAAAUGUACUUUUCCCCCUUCCCAUUCUCAUUGCCUUUGGGACAAAAUUCUACUCUGCACCCUGGCUCAGCACUCCCCUAUAGCAAUGAUAGUUUUACUCCUCUAGAAAGAGAUUUUCAUUUGAACUGCAUAUCCCAUCCCUUUUUUCCACUAAAAUCCAUGGUCAUGAUCCUUUACUUUUUUUUUUCUUACUUUCAUACAAUUCACUAUGCUCUCGUCUUUCCAAAAUAUGAAUCAUAAAAGACAGUGAUUUUGGACAAGUUUUAAAAUCAUUUAACAUUUUGCUGAUUUUUUUUGUUUGUGUUAUGAAAUAGAACUAACCUCUUUUCUGAUAUAGAAAUAUAUUUGAACAAAAACCACAGGAAUAAUAUGUGAUAACCAUAAUGUGUAAUAACCAUAAACACAUACACACACACACAGAAAACAACAACACUGAAACAAAACCAUAUGCUUUGGGUAAGACAACACGUUGUUUGCAAUCUCAAACAUACCGGUAUGCAUGUUCAGUAAUAUUAUUUUCCAGAACAUAUAUGAAUGAAUCCUUUUACAUCAGUCAUUCAGCAGCAAAAAAAAAAAAAAAGUUGUUUAUCCAAAUGAAGGGUCAUGCCGGGUCAAUUGUAUGCAAACUGGCUUGCUAACUGCACGGUACACGAUGCCUGCUAAGCAUCAUGGAAACACAGAUUCUCCCAUUCCUUCAAGUAACGCAACCUUCGUCCCUUAAAGAAAUACAUGUAUCAUGAUAUAACAAACAAGUACGGAAAUUUCCUCUUAGCUAUUAUAGAGCUAUAUAAAUGUAUCAAUUCUGGACAUACAUUUAAUCAGAGGAAUUUUACACGAUCGAAAAUAUCUGAGAUCGACAGCGCAAAACCCUUAAAUUAUCAAUCAUAAAUCUACAUUUCAAUCAUACUUACAGGUGAAAUGUUCGUCCACAGCUUUUGAACUGGCUAUUUGUGCAGUUAAUAGCUGCACAUGCAGGCAUCUUAAGGCAAAAUUUGUGUCCAAUCGGAAUUAAUAAAAGAAGUUCACCACGAAUGCAAAAGCUUGUGUUUCUUGCGAGUGGCAAUAUGGCGGCUGUGUGGCUUCACAAGUCAUUGCCAAUGGGCUAUCCAGAUAUAUAAUACAGAUCAGUGCAAAAGACGCAUUUGUGAGUUAGAAAUACAUAUGGUGUUGGAAUUGCACAGCUGUUGAUGUGUUCAGGUUAGAUUAAAGUUAUAAAAAAAGUGUCAGACUCUGUGGGGAACUUCACUUUGCUGCCGUCUGUCGUCAUAACAGUGAGAUGUGGCUUGCAAUAAAGCGUAUGCGUUUAUUACGCAAAAAAAAAAAUAAUGUAAUUAAUGAAAUACAUUAGUUAAUGCGCCAUUUUUGACAGUCCUACUUUGUACACGUUUGCUGACUACCAGAAAACCUUGACUUCUCAAGUGUUGGGAAAGCGGUGUGUCUUAUUAAACGCACAGGAAGUGGUCAUGUGUUUUCUUGUCACUUUUUUUUUUCCGCAUAAACAUCUGAGCAUUCUCGAAAAGACUUCUGGAACUCCAGCAUGUCACAGACUGCCAACUUUUAUUGUGAAAAGUGGACUACAGUAACGUGUGCACGUGAAACUGGACUACACAAAGUGAUGUGCCAAAGGAAGAUUGGGUUGUGGGGGGAGGACAAAGAUUCACACAAUGAGGACGCCGCAGCAGGGAAUGUCAAGGAAUGUUUUCUGUGGAAGGAUUUAAGCAAAGUUCUUCUUGAGGAAGUUGAUGAGGCCGUUGGUUGAGGAGUCGUGAGAGUGGACUUCAGAGUCACCUUUGAGCUCUGGUUCGAUCUUCUUGGCCAGUUGCUUCCCCAGCUCCACACUAGGGGGCAUCACACCGCAGGUUAGCAGUGCUACUCACUGUAAGCUACAAAAGCCAAGACCGUGGACAAACUUACCCCCACUGGUCGUAGCUGUUGAUGCCCCACAUGACGCCCUGCACAAAGAUUUUGUGCUCGUACAUGGCUGAGAGGACAGUUCUGUCAAUAACCAGCGUGAAGGAUUGUUGUGAUUGUUCAUUUAAGGUGGACGCCACUCACCAAUAAGUGCUCCCAGCAUGAACGGAGUCAACUUCUUGAACACGAUGGAGUUGCUCGGCUUGUUCCCUUCAAACACCUUAGAAAUAAAAUGAAAAAAAAAGAUAGGCUUAGUCAUGUGAUGCCUGCCAGCCAAUGGAAACAUCCGUCGAUUGGUGGUCUUACUUUGUGAGGAAGAAGAUUCUCCAGAGCGGUGCCCGACAAGCCGCUGGACUCCAGCUCCUUCCGAGCCUCCUCCGAUGUUUUUCCCUUCAUCAAAGCCUCCGUCUGGGCCAGGAAGUUGGCUGCAAGGAUCUGCCAACAUUCCAGGAUUAAUUUCAACAAAUGAGCGUGUGAAAGUAGAAUUGAAAUUUGACACAGACCGAUGCAUUUAGACAGCUGCUCAGUGGAGAAAUCAAUAUUGGUUGUAUGCUCCGUUCAGACUGCUGAAACGUGCGACCAUCAUGAAGAUGGUAUUCUUGAACAUGUGAAAGAAUCUACUUCAAUGAGACUGACAGCAAUAACAGCAUUAGCAGUAUAGCGGUCUCAGUAGCGAAACCUCCUCCUCCCAAUAGGCCUGUCUCUCCCUCCCUUGCAACGCCCCUUUUCCACUGUCAACA